ACGGUGACUCAACUUAAACGCCUCGCACGUCUUGGCUCGUCAAUAGCUCAGAUACAACGUCUUCUUGAAAACCAUCUUCAAAGAACUAGCAAAUAUUUCCUGAAAAAAGUUUUAUAAAACUUGUGUUACGUUCGUCACGUCAUCGGCACGAAAUCGGAAACCACCGAAGGCUGGUGACCUGCGCAGUGACGGGUUAUUUUGCCGCAUGGAAUAAAGGAAAACCCUCGAAAAAGCGCCAACUCGAGAAGGAACACGGAAUCGACGGGCUUCUUGCCUUGGUGGGUCGAUUUUUCCAUGGCUAAAGUUUGUGUCAGAAGGUAUUCAGAUCCCGAAUUCGUGAGAGCUAUCAAGGAAGCAAUCGGUAAAAUCACCCACCAAAAACAAUGUCCGAACGAAGAUAGAAUCGUGCGAAUUCUACAGGGCGAGUACGAGUGGGGCAAAGGAGAAAUUUUAAAGCAACUAAAACUUGCAGUUAAGGAUGGGUUUCUGAAUCAAGUAACAACUACGUCAAACCACGGAAGUACUAAGGGGAUCCCACAGACUGCUUUCCGUUUAAACCAAGAGAAUGGAACGGAACCAAUAAAGGACACACAUGACUGGUACUGCUGGCGGUGCCACCGUCCAGGUGAGGUCAUCUUAUGUGACUUCUGCCCACGAGUUUUCCACAAACGAUGUGCACGUGAUGGGGCCAUGUCCGCCAGCAAGUGGAGGUGUCCUUCAUGCCAGCCAGAAAAUGUGCCAGAACUGAUGGCUAGUAAGUCUACUGAUGAGCUUUCCAAGAUGCUGAAGUUUACACUGGAAAGAAUGAAAGAAAAGGCCAAAGAUUUUUUACAACCAUUCUGUUUGGAGAAGUACGAUGACUAUCUACAGUUUGUGAUCAAACCAGUGGAUCUUAGCUUGCUUGAAAAGAAUGUACGCAAGAAGCAUUACAAGACAGCUAAACAGUUCCGUGAGCAUGCUCAGUGGAUUCUUCACAACGCCAUUAUAUAUUUUGGAGAGGAUAGGGAACUCACCGAGUUGGCAGAGGCAAUCAUGGAGGACUGCGACGGGGAGCUCGAGGAGAUGGUCCGAUGUCCCGACUGCUACAUUCAGUCCAAUGUUCGGUCUGUUAACUGGUUCUGCAAGCCAUGCUUCUUCCCGCAUGAGCUUGUCUGGGCAAAGAUGACGGGCGAGCCGCCAUGGCCGGCCAAGCUUCUAACCUGGAGCGAUGACCAGACCCGGGCCCUCGUGCGCUUCUUUGGCAGCGCGCAUCAAAGAGCCUGGGUAGGAAGUAAAAAUGUCAAGCCCAUCGCGUGCAAACCGGAAGUGAAGAAAAGAUCGCAGCGAUGGCUGCAGGCGAUUGACGAAAUGAAGGAAUACCAGAAACAACUGCGAAAACUUUACCCCGAUAGCAGCAGAGAUAAAGAGAUCUCAUCUAAUAAAAAGAAUGCAUUAUUCAUUGACACUGAGACACAAACCGAUGCCAUGGCUUCUAUCAGUAAUGGCGAAAAUGUCAAGAACAAGGAAACAGAGCAGAUAGCGAACAACAAGGAAAUGGUGACGAGGAUAGGCGAGAUGGAAACCAAUCAUAGCAAAGCAGUACAGAACCUAGAGGCAAAACUCGGACAGGUGAAACAGCAUAACGAGUGCCUGAGCACGAGAUAUACGCAGCAAAAUAGCGAACUUCGUGCUCAAAUUAAAUUGUUGGAGGAGCAUUUGAAAUCCGCUACAAACGCUCUUAAAAACGAGAUGACCAGAUGCAAAGAACUUGAGAAGGAUUUGUGUCAGAGAGAACAGGAAUGUGCGGCACUAAAGUGCGAACUUACGCAGCAGACAACAGGGCAAAAUGGCACCCAGAAUAACAAACGUUCUUACGAGGCAAUAGUGAAGGACCAGACAGGAACAAUCAUGCACUUGCAAGCUGCUUUAGAGAAGGAGAGGCAGGAGAAACAAAAAGUCUUGCUCGACUCUUUGUCGCCCGAUUCUCAGAAAUCCCGCGAACGUGAGAUACAGCAAGCCGUCAAACGGGCAGUGAACAAAGAGAGGCUCGAAAAAGAGCGCGCCAUCGACGAUGCCGUUAAGCGAGCGGCGGAGAAAUAUAGACAAGACAGAGACAGGCAUUUACAGCAGGCUCUACAGAUGGCUAAAGACGAGGCGCAGAAAUCUCUACAAGAGGCGGUCGCGUUAGCUAAGCGCAAGCAGUGGUGUUCGUACUGCAACAACGAGGCGUUCUAUCCUUGCUGUUGGAACACUAGUUACUGCACGGUGGAGUGUCAGAAGGCACAUUGGUGCUCGCAUAGGUUUCAUUGUAUGAGACUCGCUUGUAAUUGUGGUAAGAACUGCUAAGAUCAGCUUCGCUUUUUAUUUGCUAGUAUAACUUUCGAACUCUCGAAAAGUACGGAAGCAUUCGCGAUUACCACCGACGAACUACCGAAUAGUACCGAAGCCUUCGCGAUUAUAACCGACGAAGUUCCGAAUAGUAACGAAGCUCUUCCAAUUAUCGCUGACGAACUCCUGAAUAGCAACGAAGCAUUUUCAAUUAUCGCCGACGAACUCCCGAAUAGUAACGAAACAUUUUCAAUUAUCGUCGACGAACUCCCGAAUAGUACGGAAGCAUAUUCGAUUAUCACCAUUAAACUAUACCGACGAACUGACGAAUUCUCAAAUAGUGCCAGUUUAUGUUCUUAAUUGUACCGAGUAAAGCCCGAAAAUUUCCGAUCAGCUGUCGAAUAGUACCCGACAAGUCCUUGACUAGUAACGAGUGGUCGCGACGUUGCAUAGUUGUUCACAAAAUGAGCAACUCGCGAUUUCUAGUAAUUUCCAGUCGUAUAGAUUUCAACCUAUGCAAUUUAACCAUGGAUUUCCAUUUUAAACGCCUUCUUGCAAGCUAAACCCAAAAGCGGUUUUUGCCAAAAUAUUAACUGUGUGGUUUUAAUCCCAGUUACGUCUACAGUUCACGAAGCAGGCGUUUUUUAGGUGUUGUUGUUGUUCAUGGAUUUGGUAACGUUAUACUGAUGCUCACAAGGUUUCAAUAUGCCGUUCAUUCAUACGUAUUUCUGCCAUGUAUUAGAAGCCACUGCCACAGCAACACUCAACGUCACGUGAUUUUACGCGUGAUUUUACAUUUCCUGGGCGAUUCAAACUUUAUUGUGUCGCUAAUGCUAAGUUCAAACAUCGUAUUAUCCAUAAGCCGUAUUCAAUGCAAAUGCAUGCAAAUGAAGAUAAAACAAUCGCCUCGAUUUAUUUGCCUGUUUAAUUCUCUAUGGCUAAGUUCAAUCGUUGUAUCAUCUAUCUAUCUUAUUUAAAAAAUGAGGCAAGUCAAUUAUUUCACCUUCAUUUGCAUGCAUUUGCAUUAAAUACGGCUCAUUUAUAAUACGACUUUUGAACUUAGCAUAAGAUAGACUACAGAUGCUAAUUAAGAUAUUAUUAUUAAUAGUUAGGUUUAUAGAACGUAAUAGUUCUAAUAAGCCCUCGUUGGCCUUUUUGUGUCUUCAAAGAGGGGCUUAUUUCAAAAUAUCUUUUCGCUUUCGCUUAUUUCAAAAUGUCAAAUUUCGACCUUAGGUAUUUCUUGGUCUCUCGGAUGAUAUAAACUACAUUAACAACGGCAUUGGGUGCACCUUUACAUUUAAACCAAACAAGAAAACUUGUAGCAUCAUUUCUAUGAUUUUAAGGGGAAGAGAGAAUGCUGGCUCUAAUGGGGAAGGGGGGAGAGAGGCUGGAGCUUAAUAGAGCUUUUACUAGAAUUAAACUUCGAGCGUGCGCGGUUUAUUGUGGAUUUUUCUUAAUUACAAUUGGAAUAAAGCAAAAUAUGUAUAUUUAAAAUAA